AUGGUGCCGGUUGUGAACAUUGAGAUAUUGAUGGUGCCGGUUGUGACCACUGAGAUAUUAAUGGUGCUGGUUGUAACCAUUGAGAUAUUGAUGGUGCCGGUUGUGAACAUUGAGAUAUUGAUGGUGCUGGUUGUGACCACUGAGAUAUUGAUGGUGCUAGUUGUAACCAUUGAGAUAUUGAUGGUGCUGGUUGUAACCAUUGAGAAAUUGAUGGUGCCAGUUGUGACCACUGAGAUAUUGAUGGUGCCGGUUGUGAACAUUGAGAUAUUGAUGGUGCCGGUUGUGACCACUGAGAUAUUGAUGGUGCUGGUUGUGAACAUUGAGAUAUUGAUGGUGCCGGUUGUGACCACUGAGAUAUUGAUGGUGCCGGUUGUGAACAUUGAGAUAUUGAUGGUGCCGGUUGUGACCACUGAGAUAUUGAUGGUGCCGGUUGUAACCAUUGAGAUAUUGAUGGUGCUAGUUGUAACCAUUGAGAUAUUGAUGGUGCUGGUUGUGAACAUUGAAAUAUUGAUGGUGCUAGUUGUGACCACUGAGAUAUUGAUGGUGCUAGUUGUAACCAUUGAGAUAUUGAUGGUGCUGGUUGUAACCAUUGAGAUAUUGAUGGUGCCGGUUGUGAACAUUGAGAUAUUGAUGGUGCUGGUUGUGACCACUGAGAUAUUGAUGGUGCUAGUUGUAACCAUUGAGAUAUUGAUGGUGCUGGUUGUAACCAUUGAGAUAUUGAUGGUGCCGGUUGUGACCACUGAGAUAUUGAUGGUGCCGGUUGUGAACAUUGAGAUAUUGAUGGUGCCGGUUGUGACCACUGAGAUAUUGAUGGUGCCGGUUGUGAACAUUGAGAUAUUGAUGGUGCCGGUUGUGACCACUGAGAUAUUGAUGGUGCCGGUUGUGAACAUUGAGAUAUUGAUGGUGCCGGUUGUGACCACUGAGAUAUUGAUGGUGCCGGUUGUAACCAUUGAGAUAUUGAUGGUGCUAGUUGUAACCAUUGAGAUAUUGAUGGUGCUGGUUGUGAACAUUGAGAUAUUGAUGGUGCCGGUUGUGAACAUUGAGAUAUUGAUGGUGCCGGUUGUGACCACUGAGAUAUUGAUGGUGCCGGUUGUGAACAUUGAGAUAUUGAUGGUGCCGGUUGUAACCAUUGAGAUAUUGAUGGUGCUGGUUGUAACCAUUGAGAUAUUGAUGGUGUCGGUUGUGACCACUGAGAUAUUGAUGGUGCCGGUUGUGAACAUUGAGAUAUUGAUGGUGGUGCCAUUGAGAUAUUGA